AUGGAAUUUUCUGAUGAUGUUUUACAAGGAUUAACAUAUUUAGCAAGUGGAAAUUAUUUAACUGAUGAUAAUUAUAAAAAAAUUGUCGAUAGUUGUUUGGGACUUUUAGGAGGAGAACAAAAUAUUGAAAGAGUGUCAAGUAUCUGCCCUGAAAAAAGUGACAUUGUUAAAGAAAAUUGUUUAAAUAAUUGUCACUCCGAUUGGCCUAAUAUAAUCGAUGCAGAUUGGAGUUUAGAAUACAUUGUCAAGUCGAAUGCUUGCAAUCAUGUCGGUGAAUUUUUAUACUAUAUCGUUUUGACGACUGAAAAAGAUGGGAAAAUUGAUUAUGUUCGUUUCGCAUGCGAUUUACAUCAGUUACAAGAUUUAUCGACAAAAUUAAAAGAAAUUGUUUGUCAUAUUGAAAAAAUUUCAUCUUAUUCUUAA